GGACUCGGAACACGCUGCCUGCGCUCAAGAUGCCGACGUCCCGGCCCGGUUCGGAGACGGCGGACUUCUGGGUGGACGGCUCGCGCAGGGACGGCACCGUGGAGGAGUUCUACACGCUCGGCUCCGAAUUGGGCAGAGGCGCGACGUCUGUGGUGUAUCGCUGUGAAGAGAAAGAGAAGAAGAAGUCUUACGCCGUCAAAGUUCUCAAGAAAACGAUCGACAAGAAGAUCGUCCGUACGGAGAUCGGCGUCCUGUUGCGUCUUUCGCACCCGAACAUCAUCCAGCUGAAGGAGAUCUUCGAGACGGACACGGACAUCGCGCUUAUUCUGGAGCUGGUGACGGGAGGAGAGCUCUUUGACAGGAUCGUGGAGCGCGGCUACUACAGCGAGAGAGACGCCGCCCACGUCAUCAAACAGAUCCUGGAAGCCGUGGCGUAUCUACACGAGAACGGCGUCGUGCAUCGUGAUCUGAAACCCGAGAAUUUACUCUACGCCGACCUCUCGCUCGAUGCGCCGCUCAAGAUUGCUGACUUUGGUCUUUCCAAAAUAAUCGAUGAUCAGGUGACCAUGAAAACGGUGUGCGGGACGCCAGGUUACUGUGCUCCUGAGAUUCUUCGGGGGAACGCUUACGGACCGGAAGUGGACAUGUGGUCGGUCGGCGUCAUCCUCUACAUCCUGCUGUGCGGGUUCGAGCCCUUCUUCGACGCUCGGGGGGAUCAGUACAUGUACACGCGCAUCCUCAACUGCGACUACGAGUUUGUCUCCCCCUGGUGGGAUGACGUCUCGCUCAACGCCAAGGACUUGGUGAGCAAGCUGAUCGUGUUGGACCCGGGUAAGCGUCUGAGCGUGUGCCAGGCCCUGCAGCACCCGUGGGUGCUGGGCAAGGCGGUGCGCUUCUCACACAUGGACACGGCGCACAGGAAGCUACAAGAGUUUAACGCCAGACGCAAACUCAAGGCAGCCAUGAAGGCGGUGGUGGCGACCAGUCGGAUGCACGAGUCGUCUCGCCGUCGCACCGACAGCUGCGAGAUUCCCACGUCGGGAACGUCGCGACAGAGCAGCGUGCAGCAGGACCCGCCCCCCGAGACAGCCGACCCCGCCCCCAAAGACAAGGAGGCCGCGUCCUCGGAAAAACAAAGUAGCCCCGCCCCUUCUCCAAAAUCGGAUGCUCCUCCCGCUGCCCCGACCAGGCCACCGUUGCGGGCCGACGCCCAGCGCCAGGGCAAAUCGACGGUGGCCCCGCCCAGGCCGCCCAAAAAGAGCUGCUCGUUGGGCCGACCCGCCGCCAGGGGUCAGGCCACGCCCGCGCCGACCACGCCCCCGAGUCCAGACAGCCUGAGCAACGGCUUCGCGGCGGGGGCGGAGCCUGCCGCUGAGUCCGCCCACUGCCAGUGAGCUCCCAGUGUGCAGAGACGCUAACGUGCUAAUGUGCUAACGGUUGGCAAGGUGAGCUUGUGUGGAAGGUUGUUAGCUUGUAAAUGUUGACAAACAAUAACAAAAUCUUCCUGUAAAUGUUGACAAAUACUCACAAGUGACUUUUACUGACAAGUGCAUGAAACAUAGAAACACUGCACUAGCAUGCGAGCUAAUAAGCUCAUGUCUGAAAUGUCGUCAAGUUGUCAAUCUGUUUACAUUCUUUGUUUUUGAAGUCAUGAUAAGAUGACUUUUUUAACAAAAGAUUUUUUUGCCUGAAAGAUUUUUGUGUUCUUGUUUGGAAGACUAACACAUUAGCAUUAGCAGUUAGCAAGGCAGUGCGUUAACAAGGAGCCUCGAUAACAACCUUUUAUGCUCGUUUGUUUGUUUGUUUGUUUGUGUCGCCUUCGAGACAGUGUUGUUUUCAUCGACGAUGACAAAAUGCUUUUGUUGUCGACGGCGACGAGCCAAACGAGGCUCUUUGGUCACUAGAUCACGACCAGACGUUGACCCGACGAAAAUGUGAGCGGGCGGUCAGUCAGACGUUCAAAAUGUGCGAAAGUCUCGUGUUGUUUGGAUUUUUAGGCCGACGAUGGGGCAGCCACGGAGGACCCGAGCCUUCGGGGUCCUCCGUGGCUCGUCACCUCCCGGUCAAGAGAAAGAUCGGUGACUAUGUUGGACUCACGUUGCGCAGAUUUAGAAAGCGACGAACAUAAAGUGUGUUAGUUUUCCUCAAGAGGUCCCGUAUAGCCUAAAUAUUUUGCCCAGACUGUUCGUCCUUAGUUCGUGAGUUAAGUUGACAUCGCCAUUCCAUGUUUGUAAUAUCUGAUUGCUGGCGAAGUUUAGGCCUCGUGAUAGCUACCUGAAGGCACGAACUAACAUGGCCAUUGGGUGCGCUAUCUUAGCUGGCGACAGGAUUUGUGCCUGCAUUUUAGACCUGUUGCUGUUUCCCAGACGGUGGCCGACCGGUUAGCACGAGGUUGCGGAUUCCAAUCCGGCCUCGCCUGUGUGGAGUUUGCAUGUUCUGCCGGUGCCUGCGUGGGUUUUCCCCAGGCACUCCGGUUUCCUCCCACAUCCCAAAAACAGGCGUGCUAGGUUGUUUGAAGACUCUAAAUUGCCUGUAGGUGUGAAUGUGAGUCUGAAUGGUUGUUUGUUUCUCUCUGACCUGCGAUUGGCUGGCGACCAGUUCAGGGUGUCACCCGCCUCUCGCCUAAAGAUAGCUGGGAUAGGCUCCGGCAUACCCGUGACCCUCGUGAGGAGAAGCGGUGUAGAAAAUGGAUGGAUGCUGUUCCCCAAACAAACCCAAACAGUACAGAUAUUUUACAAUUGUGGCCAUUGCUCAGAAAGUAGCCUACAGGGUGGGGGGUAAUCCCGAUAACCACAAGCUCUCGUAUUUUUCUUUUGUUUAUUUAGGCUAUUCUAUUUUCUUAACAUGGUAAUAUUUUCUCAAAAUUAUGACAUUAAAUAUGAAUUAUGAAUUAGCUCAGCGUCAACGUCCUUUCCAGUUCUGGGAAGAUUUCCUGGCUGUUGCUGGGCAACGGGAAUGCUCCAACACGACGUAAACAGGAAAUCCACAUUUGAGCAAUACUGAAUUCAUUCAAAUUCAUCAUUUCAAAAUAAAACCAAUAACACACUUCCCUCCCACAGACCAAGUCGGGGUGCAUCACUUCCUGUUCCGCCUUUGUCAUUUCAUCAAACACGUUCAUUCGUUGCUUUAGCUUUGCUUGCCUGUAAUGCUAAGCUACGCUAACACAGCGUAGACGCUCGAUCGGGACUCUUGAGGGGGCGGAGUCUCACCAAUCACGUCGACAACUUCCUUUUUACAUUCGGAUGGGCGGGGCUUUGUGUAAAUAGUGUUCUUGUGUUUGUUGUGUUUUCACAUGAUGCAGACAGGAAGUGACAUCAUCAUCAUCGGACCUCAUUAAAGUUUCAUCGCUCCA